AUUCCUAGCUCAACUAAGGAAGCAAGACGAAACUCUCUCUCUCUCUCUAUCUAAGUUCGUCACCGUCACGGAGGUUGUCUUGUCUUAUGGAGAAUGAUCAAAUGAUAUCUCCGACUGAUAUAAUCACCGGCAUAGUGUUUAUUGACGGUGAAUUGGCUAUGUUGACUUUGACUGCCGACGGGGAGUUACGGUGGACAGAGUACGGACUCCGGCAACAGUUGUCGAUGAAGAAGGAUGUUCUUGGUUUUGUUGUCCAAGGUAAGCGGAUUAGAGUAAAGGUCGUGGUUGAGAAAGAGGCAGGAAUCUGCUGCGGACAAUUUGAUGGAGAUUUCGUGAGGAAAGAUUUCGUCUUUGAGCCACUCAUCGAUCAGAAUGGAUGGUGCUUUAAGCUUCGUCAAUACCUUGAUUCUCUCGGUCGGCCAAAGAAAUUGCUUGUAUUGGUGAACCCGUUUGGCGGGAAGAAAUUGGCGAGAGAGAUUUUUGUUAAGGAAGUGAAGCCUUUGUUUGAAGAUGCUGAUGUUCAACUUGAGAUUCAAGAAACUAAGUAUCAGUUGCAUGCAAAGGAGAUUGUUAAGUCCAUGGAUGUAUCAAAAUAUGAUGGUAUUGUUUGUGUCAGCGGCGAUGGUGUCCUUGUUGAGGUUCUAAAUGGACUACUCGAAAGAGCAGACUGGAGAACUGCCUUAAAAUUGCCGAUCGGAAUGGUCCCUGCAGGAACUGGUAAUGGCAUGAUAAAGUCAUUGUUGGACACGGUUGGGCUUCGAUGCUGUGCAAAUAGUGCUACGAUUUCUAUUAUUCGAGGUCAUAAACGUUUUGUAGAUGUUGCAACUAUUUCACAAGGGAAUACCAAAUUCUUCAGUGUCUUGAUGCUUGCUUGGGGUUUAAUAGCUGAUAUAGACAUCGAGUCAGAGAAGUUCCGAUGGAUGGGAAGUGCUCGCAUUGACUUCUAUGCUCUUCAGAGGAUAAUAUGUUUAAGACAAUACAAUGGACGAAUCUUAUUUCUACCGGCUCCUGGGUUCGAAAGCUACGGACAGCCAGCCAGUUGCAGUCUAUACAAAGAGCCACCUGUUAGCGAUAAAGAGCUCGGGUACCAAGGACCUGAAACUAAAUUUGAAGAUCUAGAAUGGAGAGAAAUCAAAGGUCCAUUUGUUACUGUAUGGCUUCACAAUGUUCCCUGGGGUGCUGAGAACACUUUGACUGCUCCUGCUGCAAAGUUUUCUGAUGGCUUUCUGGACUUGAUUGUAUUGAAAAACUGCCCUAAGCUUGUCCUGCUCUCGCUUAUGAGACAGACGAGUAGUGGAACACAUGUUGAGUCACCCUAUAUAACGUAUCUAAAGGUGAAGGCAUUUGUACUGGAGCCGGGUGGACUUGUAGACGAACCAGAGAAGGAAGGAAUCAUAGAUUCAGAUGGAGAAGUUUUGGCAAGAGGAAAAAGAACAUAUAAUUGUGAUCAAAAGGCUUUGAUGUCUUACGACAAGCUUCAAGUAACUGUUGAUCAAGGAUUCCAUUGUUUUACUACAAAUGAAGAAUGCAAAGCCUACGAGAAAUCGACACGUCAUUACUACGAUUGCCACGUCAUCUAAUCCACUCGCUAGGCUAGGCGCGUGUCAUUUCUACCUGAUCG